GUUCCUAAUGUCAUUCCUUCUAAGUAAGCACAUGAGAGAAGUUGGAUAGAAAUAGAGUGAGUGAAGAAAUGCAUGAAAUUGCAUUGCAAAUACGGUAUAAAUAGUAUUGACGCAGAAAGAACGCUUGCGCGAGCAGAAAUUGCAGUGGCAUGUUGUGGAAGAAAAUCUUCAUAAACGUCAACACGUCUCUUUUUGUGGGUUUACAGAGCUCGUUCUCGUUCAUUAAUGACUCACUUUGUAAAUUAAAUUCAGAGCAACAAGAGGACCUAUUGAAGCCUAACCAUUGUAUUCUGUCUCUUAACAGUGUUGCUUGGACUCUCCCUUGCUUUGAUGAUACAUAAAUCUUGAAGCAUUAGAUCUUCAGGUUUUACAAGAUAUAUCGGUCAAUGCUUGGUGUGUCAUGGUCAUGUAAAAUUACAAAUUUAAACCAAAAUCUACUUAGCCUCAUUGAAAAAUGCAAAUCAAUGCUUGAACUGAAGCAACUUCAUGCUGUUGUGAUCUCCUUCGGCUUAUCUCAAGAUGACCCAUUUAUAUCCAAAAUUCUUUGUUUUUCUGCUCUAUCCAGUUCAGGCGACAUUAACUAUUCGUACAGGGUUUUCUCUCAGCUUUCCAGUCCAACAAUUUUUAACUGGAAUACAAUCAUAAGAGGCUACUCAAAUAGCAAAAUUCCAGUUAAUUCCCUGUCUAUUUUUCUAAAGAUGCUGCGACUUGGGGUUGCACCGGACUACUUUACAUACCCAUUUCUAGUGAAGGCAUCAGCCCGCCUUUUAAACCAGGAAAUUGGAGUAUCUGUGCAUGCUCAUAUUAUACAAACUGGGCACGAGUCUGACAUAUUUAUUCAGAAUUCUUUGGUUCACAUGUAUGCUUCUUGCGGGAAUAUUAUGUGGGCUCAAAAGGUAUUUGACAGUAUACAGGGAAAAAAUUUGGUUUCGUGGAAUUCCAUGUUGGAUGGUUAUGCUAAGUGUGGAGAAAUGGUAACAGCUCAGAAAAUUUUUGACUCUAUGUCAGAGAAGGAUGUUCGCUCGUGGAGCUCUUUGAUCGACGGUUAUGUUAAGGCUGGGGAAUAUGGCGAAGCUAUGUCUAUCUUUGAAAAGAUGCGGGCUGUUGGGCCCAAAGCCAAUGAAGUUACCAUGGUGAGUGUAUCAUGUGCUUGUGCACACCUGGGUGCUUUAGAGAAGGGCAAAAUGAUACACAAGUACAUAGUGGACUGUGGAUUGCCACUGACAUUGGUCUUGCAGACUUCUAUUGUGGACAUGUACGCCAAAUGUGGGGCAAUAGAGGAGGCUUUGCUUGUAUUCCGUGGGGUCUCUAAGAGUCAAACUGAUGUGUUGAUUUGGAAUGCAAUGAUUGGAGGUCUUGCGACACAUGGGUUGGUAGAAGAAUCCCUUAAAUUGUUUAAGGAAAUGCAAACGGUUGGUAUCCGGCCUGAUGAGGUCACGUACUUGUGCUUGUUGGCUGCUUGUGCCCAUGGAGGGUUAGUUAAGGAAGCAUGGUACUUCUUUGAGAGUCUUAAUAAACGUGGUAUGACGCCUACAAUCGAGCACUAUGCUUGCAUGGUAGAUGUGUUGGCACGUGCAGAUCAAUUAACCUCGGCAUACCAAUUUAUUUGUCGAAUGCCCAUAGAGCCAACGGCUGCCAUGUUAGGUGCCCUGCUUAGUGGUUGUAUCAACCACAGAAAUUUAGCUCUUGCAGAAACAGUCGGCAAGAAGCUUAUUGAGCUAGAACCAAAUCAUGAUGGUAGAUAUAUUGGCUUAUCUAAUGUUUACGCUGUGGACAAACGCUGGGAUGAUGCAAGAAGCCUGAGAGAAACUAUGGAUAGAAGAGGUGUGAAAAAAUCACCCGGGUUUAGUUUUGUUGAAAUAUCUGGAGUCCUUCACAGAUUUAUUGCUCACGAUAAAACGCAUCCUGAUUCAGAGGAAACUUAUUGUAUGCUAAAUUUUGUUUUCCGUCAAAUGAAAUUUAGUUGGUACAAAGACAGGGAAAAGUCGCUGAAGGAUACAUCAAUGGGAGAUGACUUGCUUCUCUUUUGAGUAGUAGACGAUAGAGAUACAUCAGGUGCGAUGAAAAGUAGAAAGGGCGGAAAUCACAAAAGAAUGAGAUUAGAAAUCAACCUUCCCAGAUAAAUUUCCUCCUUUAGUACAGAGAAAUCAAGGACGGCCACAAAUAUCUGUAUAAGGGGGGUAAAAGCUGCGGUGAAAACUGGACCACUUUGUUUGACACACCAUGACAUUGCCACAUAGCACAAGCCCGACCCCACCAGUCCCUAAACUCACACAAAUUUGAAUGUCAAAGGCUUGGA